UCACUCAGCGACUUGUUCUCGCGAGACUUCACCGAGCGUCUGCGAACUUUCAGGACCCGAGGAGGAACAAGUAACGUGAGGAGUCGAAAGUUAGGCACACAGCUGGCGGUGAUUCUGCAACUUUUUUCCUUUCCGAGGAAGCAGCCCGAAGAAGAAAGCAUUGCGUGAAGUUCUCCAGCGAACGUCACACCUUUAGCGUUGUUCCUCUUUGUUCGGGAGGAGCAGAACAGUGCUCUGGGCGGAUAGUAUUGUUGGUGGUCGACGGUUGGUUCUGCAAGAAAAAUGUCGCAGAAAGAAAGACCAAAGUUUUACCGACAGGAGGUCAACAAGACGAUAUGGGAAGUUCCGGAGCGGUACCAAAAGUUGUCCCCGGUGGGCUCUGGCGCAUACGGAACCGUUUGUUCUGCAUAUGACAACAUGAUGGGUUGUCAGGUGGCUGUAAAGAAGCUCUCUCGUCCAUUUCAGUCCUUCAUCCAUGCCAAAAGAACAUAUCGAGAGCUGCGGUUGCUUAAACACAUGAAGCAUGAAAAUGUCAUUGGCCUCUUAGAUGUUUUCACCCCUGCUACUUCUCUGAAGGAAUUCAAAGACGUAUAUCUUGUGACUCACCUAAUGGGAGCAGAUCUCAACAACAUUGUGAAAUGUCAGAAACUUACAGACGACCACGUGCAGUUCCUCAUAUAUCAAAUCCUCAGAGGAUUAAAGUACAUCCACUCAGCAGAAAUCAUUCAUCGAGAUUUGAAACCGAGCAACCUGGCAGUGAAUGAAGACUGUGAACUGAAGAUUUUGGACUUUGGCUUGGCACGACACACCGAUGACGAGAUGACGGGCUAUGUGGCCACUCGCUGGUAUCGUGCCCCAGAAAUCAUGUUGAACUGGAUGCAUUACAACAUGACAGUGGAUAUCUGGUCAGUGGGCUGUAUCAUGGCAGAACUUCUAACUGGAAGACCUCUGUUUCCUGGCACAGACCACAUUGAUCAGUUGAAGUUAAUCAUGAGGCUCAUCGGAAUUCCAGGGCCAGAGCUUGUGGCGAAAAUCUCUUCAGAGUCUGCCAGGACUUAUAUCAACUCUUUACCACGCACGCCCAAGAGGAACUUUUCAGAUGUAUUUGUUGGUGCCAACCCAAUAGCUGUGGAUCUUCUGGAGAAGAUGCUGGUUCUGGAUACAGACAAGAGGAUAACGGCUGCUCAGGCUCUGACUCAUCCGUACUUUGCUCAGUAUCACGACCCAGACGAUGAGCCUGUGUGUAAACCACUGGACCAGAGCUUUGAGAGCCGAGAGCUAGAGAUUGAAGAGUGGAAACGCCUAACCUAUGAGGAGAUGUGUAGUUUUGAGCCACCUGUCUUUUAUGAAGAUGAGAUCGAGUAGUGAGACGAGCCACCUGCUUCACCCACAGCCUUUUACCAUGUGCAUUAGUGUCCAAACUUUCAGGCACCCAUCAUACUGCCUGUCAAACACUGUUUUUAUUACAGAAAUAUGGCCAGUGAUCAACUGUAAGGAGAUAAUUUCCAGCACAGGACGAACAACUGGACCAGCUUUAUAUAAUUUUUAUUUAUAAACCACUAUUGAUGAUGGUCUAUUGCUGGAGAAUGUCACUUUCUGCCAACUGCCUAUAAUGAUUUUAUAUUUUUCACAUUUCUAAACGGAGUAGAAUUUGACUCAUCACUGUGAUGCUGAA